AUCAGAUCGAGAACUGAGUACAGUCAAGACCCCCUUGAAAAAGUUAUAUCAUAUUGCUAAAGUCUUCGUCUUUGUUCCCAUUUCAACAAGCCUUACAAUGAACAUGACAAAAGUUUUGAUAGUUCUCAUCAGUAACAUCCUGAUUGCAUCUUCGGCAUCAAUUCCAUCCCAAUGUAAAAUACCAAGCAACUUGCAAGUCCAGUACGAGAGUCUGUCCCGUGCAGCCAUUGGUAAUAGCUUUUUUCUACCAUCUGAAAUGGCUCCAGCCGGAAGUAACCAGCCACCACAGAUUAAAGGGAAUAAAACUUGUCCAACAUCUUCUGGAUCUACUGCUACCAUCAGUGAGCGAUCAACCUGUCCUUGGUAUCUGAACAUUACCCAUGAUUCAACAUAUUUCCCUCCGUCACGUGCUGAAGUAGUGUGUCAUUGUAGUGAUUGUGUAGACACAGAUAGCAAUCACCAGUGUGUGAUGGUAUACACUAAAAUGACUGUCCUCAAACGUACAGGGGAAUGUAUCGAUGGACUAUAUGUAUAUAAGCCAAAAGUGAUUGAGGUAGCCACAGCUUGUGUAUGUGCAAGGAAAGUCGAUUUUAUAAUCGAAAGAAAUAAGGACGAUUACGAGUCGUAAAUACAACUGACUACUAAAAUGUUCUCUGCGUGUAACGCAAAAGUUAUUCAUGAUAUGAAAGCUUAAGUAUACCACCAUGUGGUUAUUUAAAUAUAUAUACACACAAAAACAAAACACAUACAUUUUUAUUUGUAUAUCUAUAUGUACAUAUGUAAAUAUG